GGGGCUGAACGAGAGCGAACGAGGUCGAUUUCAAAAUGGCGGCGGCCGGCCGGAGUUGGGGUCCUCUUGUUGGUGCCGUGGACCAAGGGACGAGCAGCACACGCUUUCUGAUCUUUGCUAGUAACUCUGCAGAGCUGCUGACGUACCACCAGACAGAGAUCCACUCUGUUCUUCCAAAGGAAGGAUGGGUGGAACAGGACCCAAAGGAAAUCCUGGCCUCAGUGUACGAGUGUAUUGAGAAGGCUGUGGCCAACACAAGGGACCUGGGCAUCGAUGUCAACGAUAUAAAAGCCAUUGGCAUUACCAACCAGAGAGAGACAACAGUAGUGUGGGACAAGCACACAGGAGAGCCCCUACACAAUGCCAUAGUGUGGCUGGACCUGCGGACAGCAGAAACAGUCAACAGGUUGAUAGACAGCACACCACGGAAGAACAAGGAACACCUUAAGCCGUUAUGUGGCCUGCCCCUGGCCACCUACUUCAGUGCUGUGAAGUUGCGCUGGCUGCUGGACAAUAGUGAGAAGGUGGCGCAGGCAGUGAGGGAGGGCAGGGCCAUGUUUGGGACAGUCGACUCCUGGCUACUCUGGAACUUGACAGGAGGAGUGAAGGGAGGUGUCCAUGUGACAGAUGUGACCAAUGCCAGCAGAACCAUGCUGCUGAACAUACACACUCAACAGUGGGAUGCAAACCUCUGCAAGUUCUUCUCCGUUCCCAUGACGAUCCUUCCUGAGAUCAGGAGUUCGUCUGAAAUCUACGGCCACAUGGUGCAGGGAGUGCUGAAGGGCCUGCCUAUCUCUGGGUGUCUGGGUGACCAGUCAGCAGCCCUGGUAGGACAGUGCUGCUUCACAAGGGGGAGCGCCAAAAAUACAUACGGCACAGGGUGUUUUCUGUUGUACAACACUGGCACAGAGCCCAUCCCAUCAGAGCAUGGACUGCUGACAACCAUCGCAUACAAACUGGGCAAGGACAAACCAACUUUCUAUGCACUGGAGGGUUCAGUGGCCAUUGCCGGAGAGUGUGUAAAGUGGCUGAGAGACAACCUGGGCAUCAUCCAAAAGUCUUCCGACAUAGAGGCCCUUGCUGCCACGGUGACAGACACAGCGGGAGCUCACUUUGUACCAGCCUUCUCUGGGCUGUUCGCACCGUACUGGGAGUCUGACGCAAGAGGUAUCAUCUGUGGCCUGACCCAGUUCUCCACCAAGGCUCACAUCGCCAGGGCUGCGCUGGAGGCGGUCUGUUUCCAGACCUGCGAGAUUCUGGAAGCAAUGAACAAGGAUUCCCGCAUCCCCCUUGAGAGCCUCCAGGUGGAUGGGGGCAUGACUCAGAACAACCUCCUGAUGCAGCUACAGGCUGAUCUGCUGGGCAUACAAGUCGUCCGUCCCGCCAUGCCAGAGACCACAGCCCUGGGCGUUGCCAUGGCAGCGGGUGCGGCUGAAGGUGUGGGUGUCUGGAGCCUGGACCCAGCUGACCUGACCUCCAUCACUACUGACACCUUCACUCCUGCUCUGUCUCAGGAUGAGCGCGACAGCCGGUACAAUAAGUGGAAGUACGCCGUCCAGAAGGCCAUGAAGUGGGAGGGACACACGCACAAGGAACCUGACAGCAAACCUACAGACACAGUAGUCAAAAGUCUUCCAGCUGGCAUCUUCAUAUUCAGCACAGCUGUUCUCUUACUGGUCACCACCUUAUGUCAGAGAUAGCACAGACAAACUGCUGGAACAUUCUCUAUGAAGUGUUGCAUUAUUUUAUACCCACUUUGAAUAGCUAGCAAUUGGUAUAUGACAUGUAUGUGGUAUCAGGAUACCUGGAAUGUUUGGCCCCUAGCAAUUGGGAUGGUAGCAGUUUGGUACCAAAAAAUUGUGUCUAGAAUGACUUGGGGUAUGCUAUAGGGUUAGAAAUAGGGUUAAAAUUAGGGUUAGGGACAUAGGGUUGAGUUUAGGGUAAGAGUAAGAUGUAGGUGUUCUCUUAAUGAUGAAACGUUUAUUAACCAUCCUAGAAAUGGUGCCGAAUGGUCCUGAUCGGCUUGGGGCCGAACUUCCGUGGCCAUUCCAUACACAUGACUUGAAUAAUCUUCUAAUUUCUACUGUUUCACACAUUUGGCAAGUUUCAAUGCUGCUUUUCUGUGCAGCUACCUCAUUGAAAUCAAUAUGGUAAUGUUGUUUAAUAUAUUAAUUAUGAUAAUAUGCCAAUUUUACUGUGUAAGACGGAAAGAUUUGCAAAAAUGUGUAGAUAGAUCAAUAUAAAUGGGAUUUUCCUUUAGGUCCGCUGGUACAUUCAUAUUGGUGCUAUAGAG